CUAGCAACAGCAGGCGCCCCGACCACGGACGCAAUAAAAUCUAAUGCGGGCGGAGCAUGUCGGGAAAUUGAGUCUUUUCCGUCUCGCACAAAGCCUACGCCUAGGUGCUCCAGAACUACAACUUCCGCCGUGCCUGCGGUGCGGCACGCUCACCCUUCUACUUUCAAAGGCGGAUAAGGAAUGUGCGAGAGGCUUUGUUACCUGGCACAGGGGGAGAAACAGGUGCGCUAGAAGAGACGCAAGGGAUUCUGGAAUGUGUAGUUCUCUCCACAGUUAGAAGAAAGUGUUGGCAGAUGAGCCAUGAAGUUUGGAGGACUACAAGUCCCAUGGGAGAAGAUAACAGAUAGAAAUUAGUGGCUCCAGGGCUGAAGUCUACCUGGUCACCGUGCAGGUAAGGAGUAGAGACAUUGAGAUGAAUGGCAGAAUCAAAGGCAGUGUGUCACCUGCUUUAAAACUGAUAUUUUAGGACAUUGGAUUUAUGGUCUCACUCUGAUGGUUAUUCAAGUGUGAUAUGUUAGGAAAUUCUAAGUGAAUUUUGAAUUUUAGGCCAAAAUAGUUAAAAACCAAUUUUUUUAAAUAGCUGGCAUCUUUGGUAGUUAUAAAAGCUGGACUAGAGGGGUGUGCCAGUGUCGCCACCCGCACCGUAAAAUGGGUGGUACGCUGCGGAUAGGGGCGUACAGACGCACCAAGCUGACUGGCAGCGCCUUGACCAGCACCACUCUGCGGAGACCACAGCGAGAGCGCGGCUGAAAUGCUGUCUGCAUGGUCCUUGUGUCCUCUGCACACCACACGCUCAACUAAUGAUGUGCUGGUCAGGUACUGCUCCCGGGUAUCCUGCAAAAAUAAUUGGGACAGGACACUGAAAUGGGGAUCGUUAAGAGGCCCGAUUUCUAGCCUAAAAUUGAAAGCCACAUUAAAUGAUUAUUCCUACCCUUUUUAUGUAUAACUUUUUUUGUUUCUUCUUAAUUUAGAAUGCCCUAUAGGGCAUUAGUAAUUUGGUUCCCUCCCUUAUAAACCAGUAAAAUAAGCAUAAACUUAUGUGGAGUCUAGCGCCAGACAAAGCUUCCCUUGCAGGUUAUUAUACCCCGGCUAAUGUCACUGUUUCUCUUUCUGUGGACAAUUUUCACUUGCUCAGAGCACAUGCGCACACUACAACCUAGGUAGGACUUGGGUGGUAGAAUUUAAAAAAAAAAAUAUGGAUGUCAUAACAAAUAUAGAGAGGGCUCAAAUGAGAGAAGGAGAUUGAAACUUCCCCUACACGCAAGCUGUCCGCAAGGGUAUAAGCUCAUUACAUCUACCAUAACAGAGGAAAUUAUCCACCUAUAGCACAGCGCUACAGAAUUUGAUGGUGCUAUAUAAAUAGUAAUAAUUGCACAGAAUUAAAGGACCACUCUAGGCACCCAGACCACCUCAGCUUAAUGAAGUGGUCUGGGUGCCAGGUCCAGCUAGGAUUAACCCAUUUUUUUUAUAAGCAUAGCAGUUUCAGAGAAACUGCUAUGUUUACAAAUGGGUUAAUCCUUCCCCUAAAGCCUCUAGCGGCUGUCUCAUUGACAGCCGCUAGAGGCGCUUGCGUGAUCCUCACUGUGAAAAUCACAGUGAGAGCACGCAAGCGUCCAUAGGAAAGCAUUGAUAAUGCUUUCCUAUACGACCGGCUGAAUGUGCGCGCAGCGCGUGCGCAUUCAGCCGACGGGGAGGAUCGGAGGAGGAGAGCUCCCCGCCCAGUGCUGGAGAAAGGUAAGUUUUACCCUCUUUCCUCUCCCCAGAGUCUGGCGGGAGGGGGACCCUGAGGGUGGGGGCACCCUCAGGGCACUAUAGUGCCAGGAAAAUGAGUAUGUUUUCCUGGCACUAUAGUGGUCCUUUAAAAUGAUGCAGUCCGAAACAGAAUUUUGUGGCAGGAGGUAAAAGUAGCCCUGAGAACAAAAGUCCAGAAACUCUGCACAAUAGCAUUCCUUCCUCCAUGACCACUCCUAAUAGCAGUGGUCAUGGCGGUGGGAGUAACCCUUUAACGAUUAUUCACUAAACACCAGAUUGCUAAAAUUUAGGUAAGAAAGUUAUGAUUUGCAUCAAUUCUCCAUCUCCAUUAUAGUUUUGCUUGGCUAUUUGACUUGUAUUCUCUGGUUUAAUUCAAUUUGGAUUCUACAAAUCACACUUCAGUGAAUAACCAUUUUAUGUAAAAUGUACUUUGCAAUAUUCCCUAUAAGUGAAACUUGAUUCUGGUUAGCAUAGAGCAUCAAGGCUCAUUAUGGUGCAAGCAGUGGCCUGGCCUCCCCACCAUUGUAAGUAGUCGUAUCAUUUUAGGUCACUGUAACUUUGUAUCUGUGUCCUGCUGAACGCCAGUCGCUGCCUUAUCUCAGAUUAUAGUAAAACCAGAAGCUCUGGAUUAGGAGCUUGGAUUAACUCUCCUGAGCUAAGUCUUGUAUUAGCUGAGAGCAUCAGCUGAGCUUAGUUCAGAGAGCUUCGUGCUGGCCUGCAGAAUUCAGUGGAGAGUAGAUCAGAGGUUAAAUAUUAUUAUUAUGUUAUUUAUAGAGAGCGCCAUCAAAUUCCGCAGCGCUUUACAAUGGGUGGACGAACAAACAUGUAUUUUUAACCAGACAAGUUGGACACACAGGAACAGAGGAGUUGAGGGCCCUGCUCAAUGAGCUUACAUGCUAGAGGGAGUGGGGUAAAAUGACACAAAAAGGUAAGGAUAGUAUUAGACUAGUGACAGUUGCAGAAGAGCAAUCAGUCAGGAGCUAUUAACAGUUUAACUGAUAGGCUUUUAUGAAGAAGUGGGUUUUUAACGAUUUUUUGAAGGAGUGGAGACUGGGUCAGCAUCUAACGGAGGAGGGAAGCGAGUUCCACAGGAACGGUGCAGCCCUCGAGAAAUCUUGAAGGCGAGCAUCAGAGGUGUGAGUACGGACAGAAGAUAGAUGUAAGUCUUCAGGAGAGCGUUGGGGCCUAGACAGGACAUACUUGUGUAUAAGGGAGGAUAGAUAGGUGGGAGCAGCAUUAUGUAGCGAUUUGAAAGCAAGAACCAAAAUUUUAAAUUGAGCUCUAUAUUUUAUAGGAAGCCAAUGUAGGGACUGACAGAAGGGUGAGGCAUGGGAGGUGCAGGUGGACAGGAAGAUGAGCCUCGCUGACUCAUUCGUUAUGGACUGUAACGGCGCAAGUUGGGAGCACGUAAGACUACUGAGAAGCGGAUUACAGUAGUCAAGGCGAGAAAGGACAGUGGAAUGGACCAGCACCUCAGUCGCAUCUGGCGUUAAGUAGGGGCGGACGCGAACAAUGUUUUUGAGUUGGAAAUGACAGGAUUUGGCAAUAGAUUGAACAUGAGGCUUGAAGGAGAGGUCGGAGUCAAAGAGAACACCUAGGCAGCCUGUGUGGUGGAGCUGAUGGUAGCACCCUUGACUUGGAGGGAGAUAGACAGACAGAAGUAACAACACUAGAGGGAUGAAAGACCAGAAUUUCAGUUUUGGUCAAGUUUAGUUUAAGGAAGUGGGCAGCCAUCCAGUUAGAAAUAGCAGAGAGGCAGUCAGAGACACUAGUCAAGAGGAACGUGAGAGAUCAGGAGAGGACAGGUAGAUUUGCAUGUCAUCCGCAUAGAAAUGAUAUUGGAAGCCAAAGAAGCUAAUGGGUUUACCAAGGGAGGCAGUAUACAUGGAGAACAGUAGGGGACACCAACAGAGAGGAGUUGGGGAGAAGAAGUAGAGCCAGAGAAAUAAACACUGAAAGAGCGCUGGGAGACGUAGGAGGAGCACCAGGAGAAAGCCGCAGGCAGGUCAAGGAGAAUUAGGAUAGAGUAGUGACCACAGAUUUUGCAGCGAGUAGAUCAUUGGAUACUUUGGUCAGUGCCGUUUCCACAGAGUGCUUAGCGUGGAAACCAGACAAAUAUGUGUUUAUAAUAGAAUUUUGAAUAAUUUGUUUAUAUAUUUCCCUAAAAAAAAUGAUAUCAUGAAAUCAGAAAGGAUGCUUUCUUAUUUUUUAUUAGGUUACCUGAUGUUUCUGUGUCAUCCUAAGUGUUUUUGCAUCCUAUAUGGGCAUAUAAACAUCACAAAGUGAAACAUGAAAUAGGCUUACUAGUGUAGCCACAUCUUUUUUGGUAUAGCAUCAGUGAACCUUCUGAUGCUUCGUGCAGCUCCUUCCCCCUUUCUCUAUGAUUAUUGCCACAACUCUAUCACCCCUUAAUGGAACACUAUAUUGUCAGGGACAUAAACAUUUAUUCCCGACACUCUAGUUGUAGAAUAACAGUUUAGAGGCCCGCCCCCCUCUCUUUAUUUUAAAUGUGAUUUUUACUUUUUAUUUUAUUUUUCUUCAGUGCUGCACCUGUCUAGACAUGGCUGGGCCCGCCUCCAUUGCUCAGAUCAUCAGAUUUGACCAUCUCGGCCAAUCCAAUGCUUUCCCAUAGGAAAGCAAUGGUAGGCUAUUGUCCAUGCAUGGCAAAAUGUCUCCAUGCAGGGGUAUUACUCUGAAGUAAUGUAAACACUGCCUGCAGAGACAUGUUAUGGUCACCAGAACAAUUGUUUAAGCUCUAGUUAUUCUGAUGACUAGUGUUCCUUUUAAUAGUUCUUAAAAAUAGGUACAGUGUGUUUCAUGGCCCAGCCAGUAAAUAUUGUCCAAACUGGAAGGACCUCAGACCCUUCACAGAGCUAGGGCAAUGUCAAAUUGUUUCUCAGCAAUUUGAUAGGAUACCCCGGGAUGCACCAUAGAACAUCUAGAACCAUAGCCACUUCAGCUUUCUGUAAUGAAUAUGGUGCUUAGAGUCUAUUUAAUAUGUAGAUUACCUGUAUGUGGAAAAGGUAUGAGCAAGCUCCUUAAAGGUAGGAUUGCCAUAUCCACCAUGUUUUCUAGGACACCCAUAAUUUCAUUGUGUUGAUUGGCAGCUCGUGCGCUGCCUGUCUUAUGGAUAGUGUGUAUGCUGCAGGAGUCCUGAUUGAUUUAUCACCUGAUUUACUACCUGCAGCAUGUGACGUCUACAUACUGCAGGGCCGCACAAUCUGUAUAUUGCCCAUCAAUUUAUUUAAAUUAUGGGUGGACAUGGUAUCCCUACUUAAAGGCUUACUUCAAGCACCAUGACCACUUCAGUGAUUAGGUCCAGCGAGGGGAGUGAUGUCACUAAAGAAGGAUCGGGCUGCAGGGAAAACUGGGUGUGGGAUCACAGGUAAGUUUAUCUUUCAUUUUACUUUAGGCGAGGAAGGGGCCAUGCCAGAAAGGCUUACUUCAUCCAAAAACAGUGUUUUGUUUUUAUUGUUGGAGUUACGCUUGAAGAGCACAGAGUCUUUAUUUUUCUGUCUUCUUUACUGUAUUUCAUGUGCAUAUGUGAUCCUGAAUACCUCUCCCACCACUUGGAUCACAAGGGUUUAUUAACUAAAUUGUUGAGAAUCGUCAUGGAAGUUGCACGUAUUACACCAAAAUAUCCCAAUUGGAAAAAUUCUCCAAAACUGCUGUUUUCCCACAGCAACCAUUUUGGCUUAAUGUUUCUAAUUCUAUUGUCAAUGUUCAAUAUUGUGAAUAACUACAACUGUUAUCAAUGUCAGUUGUGUCCAUGUUUGUAUGGAGUUGAUUGUCUGAAUUCACCACCUGACAUUCACAAUCAGCAGCCAAUGAUGGGUUCAGAGCGUCAGUUGGUGCUCUCAGCCUUUCAAAUGCCACCAAGGAAGACCUCCCCACCCAAGGAAAGAGAGAUGAAGCAGUGCUGAUGGGUACCGAUUUAACACCUGAAGGUAAGACAUCACUCAGAGACUCAAACUCCCAUAACAACUUAGCCCCUUAAGGACCAAACUUCUGGAAUAAAAGGGAAUCGUGACAUGUCACACAUGUCAUGUGUCCUUAAGGGGUUAAAGGGACACCAUAGGCACCCAGACCACUUAAUAUCUUUUAAUUGGUCUGGGUGCAAUGUCCCUGACCCCUUAACCUUGCAAUGUUAAUUAUUGCAGUAAUUACAUUGCAGGGUUAAGACUUUCACUAGUGAAGUCAAUCAGACAGCCACUAGAGGCACUUCCUGCUUGCUAGCCAACUUUUGGUCAUCUAACUGAUGCUGGACAUCCUCACACAAUGCUUUGCUAUAGGGAGGGCCUAAUGCACUCUCUCCGCAUGCACUUUAGCCCUUCCCUGUCGAGUGACAUCAAAGGAGGUGGAGUACCGACCCAGCGCCAAUGGAGAUUGAAAGGGUUUUUAACCCUUACAGUGCAAGGUGGUGGGAGGGACCAGAGGGAGCUAUAGUGCUAGCAAUACAACUGUUUACUAGCACUAUAGUAUCCCAUUAAUUUGCUGACGUUAUUUGGGCUUGUGUAAUAUGGGUGUGUUCCAGAGUAGCAUUUUAUAAGGCACAGAGACACCGACGAUGUAGAAAGAUUGAAAUAAGUUAUAGUGAAGGCUGCUUUUUAUUCACUGGUGUUAAAUAUUACAAGGGAAACCCGGUUAGUGUCCCUUAUACUAGAGAUAAGUCUGACUGAUGUCUCGUAUAUACAGUUAUGAACAUUCUUCAGUUGCUUUUGAUCUCAGGCAAGCUUUGCGUUUUUUAUUUUUAUUUUAUUUUUCUGCACAUGCUGUAUUUUACUUGUGAUGUAAAUUGAUGGGAAGAAGGAAGAAUCUUGCAAUUUUUAGGGCCUUGACUAAAAUGAUAUAUAUUUAAAGUUGGACUAAUCCCUCAAUAUAGUAUUUAAUCUCACUGCUGCAGCCAAACUCAUAAAUAGGCUCCAAACAUGUCUUUUCACAGUCCCCAAUAUUGAGCUGGCGAGAUUUUGUUAUCUCCCAUGUCCUUGAGCAGAUUAAAAUGUCGAGCGAGUGUGCCUUUGCAUGGCUGUAACGCGUGCCCUUUCAAUGAGAUUGCAUUGGUAAUGCAGGAAACCGUACCUAUGCUCAUUGGGGAACAUCUUGCCUUUCGCAUCCCUCUGUCACUCGCAGGUAGCGUGCACCGAUGAUUUAAGCUUUUUAUUAUCAGUCGUUCCACACUGUAACAGUUCCUCUGAACUGCAUUGAUUUUCUUUUUAACAGCAGAUCCCUGUAUGUGAAACCCAUUCAGGAGCUAACUGAUAACGUCCCAGUUUCCUAGCAACCAACCAAAACCUAACCUGCUCCUCUCAAGUGGCAUCAAAAUGAAAGUGUAGAGCUUUGGAGUUUUUUUUUAAGGUGAGUAUGUGCGGUUUCACCAUAAAUGGGAAAGUGAAGCAUUGAUCUCAAACUAUUGACAUUUCGAUUGUCAGAGAGAUGUGCCAUAUAUUGCACUGCCCUCUGGUACUCACAAAGUGAUGAUUUUAUCCCUAGAGAUUUUUUAAUUUAUUUGUAAUGAUCUCUUGACAAUGCCUGCUUGCUUAGUUACUGUAUCAUGUUUGUAACAGUGCUGUCUUCCUUUAGAAUGGCUGUGCCCUGUAUCAUUCUCCUAGUCAGUUUCAUAGUGGAUUCCAUGGGAGUAUCGAUGGCAUCAUUGGUAUGUAUGUUCCCGGCUCCAUCUCACAUCUAAAUGUUGGCCCUUUUACCCACAAAAAAACAAUUGCCGUCAAUUGACAAAAUUGUAUUUAUUGUGUUGAAAGCAACAAACCGCACAAGAACAUUCUACACUGAAAAUGCAUAUUCAAUUAAUUUUAUUUAUUUUUUGGUAGUCCUCCAUAAGGUAUAUGGUUACAUGUAAACAAACAUACGUCAAUCUUUUCCUUCUGUCCUCUUUAAUAUACUUACCAAAAUCUAAUAGCACUCUUAAAGGUGCACUAUAGGAACUGUGUCAUCAUCGUUUCCUCUGUCGGAUUUUUUCUGUGGUUUCUAAUCUCAUCUGCGUGAAAUAGAGAGAGUAGCCGCCCCAACUUAUCUCAACAAGGCUAGUGCAUGAUCUAACAAUGUUGAUACAGCUAUAAUCACAUCUGUACAUUUUGCACAGUAUUCAUUUUUAUCAACGCCAGAUCUAUUUUUGUAUAUAGGUAAUGUCCUAGGUGCUUCAGUUUUAAGUUUAAAGGGUGACGUCAGUAUUUUGUAGUGGUCAUGGUGCAAGGACCUUGUAUGUGUUGCGCAGCUGUUUGAAACGCUGUAUAUAUCCAGAUAUUUCCAAGGUUAUUCACUAAAGUGAGAAUUACAGGGACGUCAAAGUGAAUUUCAAAUUUAAGGUGAAAAUAGCUGAACCAGAAAAAAUUCUCCCAGUAUGCUACGCUUUCAGUUUGGUUACUUCGGCCUUCAAUUUGAAAUUCACUUUGAAGUCCCUGCAAUUGUCACUUUAGGGAGUGAGCCUGUUAGGCUACCUGCCAGAGGUGUAGCUCCAAUCCUGGAAGCAUUAUUAACAAACCUGGAACGAGAUUGUCAGAUUGGCUAAUUUCAAUUCUGUGAGCGUUCCUUACACAGACUUCAUUCAUUGGCUGAGAGUUCUCGGCUGAUGCACUCGACCAAUGAAUGACUGGCAAGAUGAGCAAUAUGACUUUUGCAUUUUUUUUUUGUGUGAAAUUUUGAUUGUAAUAGGGACCAGUUGCAAAAUUAGUCGAAAGUCCAAAAACACGACCGAUCAAUUACUGAUUCUGGAUUCCUAUGUAGGCCAUAACUAGGCUACUGGUUCCAGCAGUGUUAUCCAUCAGGACAGGAGUUAUUUUUUAUAUACAACUUUUCAGAAGGAAUGUUUAAAUGUAAAGCGUGUGCUACAUUCCAGCAUCGUAGAGGGCCAGUGGCAUUUUUUUUUUUUUCUGGCUCAAACAUCAAAUAUUGCAUUGUAUUUUAAUUGAAAGCACAAAAGCAUAGAGCUGGGUUUCUGGAUCACGCUACAGUUGUUAACUGUUGAUUUGUCUUCUUCUAUGCCUCGGGCUCUUUAAGUGUAAAUUUCCGUGUACAUUUACUCGUGUGUCUUUAGGUAUACGCUGGAAGGUGCCAAGGUGGGCUUUUCUCUCUGGCCUAUUUUAAUUUAUUCUGCAUUCUUGUCACAAGGAAAGAAAAACACAUUUUUUACCUUUAGCACUAAAUUACCUUGUCUAGAAUAAUAAAUCACGGACAUCCUUUGUCUGUUUUCCCCUCUUCAAUUUCAUUUUAUCACUGCCUAAACUCUGUAAAUAAAGUGAUGAAAAACGAGCAUCCCAAGAGACUCCCAAGGGCUCCUUAUUUAAAACUUGAAAUCCAUGAAAGUGUCUUACAAUCUGAGAUGGGUCUGUAGUAAAACAUGUCAUUUACUGCCAAGGUAGAUUUGUACACCUAAGGUUCCACCGUGGCAGGAUACAUAAUAGGACUGAUUGAAGUCUGUGCGUUAACGCUCUCCUUUAACAAAGGUAAAAUGCUCUUGGAUUUAUGCCACUGCACAUCUGAUAUAUUACAGAGGCCUGACCUGGGUCAGGAACAAGAUUCCUUUCACACAAAGACUUUCUUCGGUUGACAAUUCUUUGUUAAGCUUUGCAAAAUCAUGUGACUUCUCAUACAAUGCUAAGGUAAUUCGCCAGUGUUUGUCAAAAAGAGUUUUCUUAAAGGGAUACCAAUAGAAACCACACGUUCGAUGCAAUCUCUAGGUUGGUGUUAUAUUAGGUUAAAACAUUUUGUCAUGUUUAGCUUUUUAUAUUAGUAGUAUCGUCCUCACUCUGCUGUGCUCCCCUACAGUUUUGUGGGGGUGUUUUUUGGUUUUUUUGGGGGGGGGGGUGUAUGUGCUGUAAUCUGUCCCUGUCUCCAUUUUGGAGUUACUCUAUAUGUGUGAGAGGCUUUUCUGUGAGCUCAGGAAUAGCGUAUUCUAUUUACCUAAUUUACCAAGUUCAGUACACUGGGAGCUAUUCAUUCAUGCUGUCAAAAAAGGACAUUGAAAGAUUCACCAUAUCUGAGCCUUGGAAUUGUUUGAGUAGAACUACCUGACCAAAUUAUUUGCUGAGUAGCUUUCUUUAUCUAUUAAGAAAGUUGCUUAUCACAGGAACAAAGUCAGAAUAGAUACCAGUAGCAACCACAUUUUCAGUGCUAUAUCUAUUAUUUUGGGAUCCAGAUUGUGAUGUGUCCUUAAGGGGCUAAAAGAAAACACUUGAUUAUUGGUAGUGGAAUUCAAUGGUUAAUGCCUGCAGUAUACUGGUGUGAUUACAAAUGAUUUGGACUACUAGAUAAAUGGACCUUGAAAGAAAAGUGUGGGAAAAGUCUGCAGCUACUGUAAGAUCUCCUGGGAAACCAAACUUUCAAUCUGUGUCCUGUGACUCUUACAAUUAAUACAUCGGCAUCAAUCAGGUUCUGCAGCAGCUGAACUCUGACAGUCACAAUAAAUCCGGUUGGAAAACUGGGCACAAACUUUAUCAAACACCACCUACCAGCAGCUGUCAGGUAACUUCGGUUAAAAUGUCCAGUGCACUGCAAAACGACAUACAAUUAGAAGAUCCAGUAACCUCAUUAUGGCAGUCAGUAUGAUACGGUGUUUUGAAAGUGGUUUAUGAUUGUUGUUCGGUGGACCAACAGUUAAAAUUGUGGAGUUUUGUUGUUGUUGUUUUUUUUUUUUUUACUUUUAAUGCUUGGUAGGAGCACCAUAGUAGUAGUGCCCAGGUUUCAUACACUGGCAGGUAACCCUCUAUUUGUAUCCGUAGACUACUCUGUCUGUCUACUUGGGAUUUUCCAGUAUAGUGGACCUUAUUUUGAACCCUGUGUAUCUUACGAUUCUGUUUUUAGCUAAAUAUAUAUUUGCAGAUUAAUACAGGUUAUAUAUUCUAUUUUGUUAGAGGCAGGACUCCUAUUUUGAAUUUUUAUUUUCCCCUUCCAGGCUUGGAUGUCCGAAUGCUGCAGUGAGAAGCUGGAAUUAAAUAUUUCCUGUCUGUUGGCUUAUAGAUGCAGUCCAGGUAAAAAAAAAAAUUCACAACCGUAACAAUUCGUUUUUUGCCUUUACUUUCAAAGAUAACAGACCUAGUUCUGUCUAGAAGAGGCUUAUAUUCUAGGAAGAAAAAAAAGAUUUACUUGUUAGAAAAACACUACAGAUGCAUGUUACCAGGUCUUUGCUCCAUAAGUUACACAAAGAGAUUAACCCCUUAAGGACCAAACUUCUGGAAUAAAAGGGAAUCCUGACAUCACACGUCAUGUGUCUUUAAGGGGUUAAAGGUUCACUCUGCAAACUAAAGAAAAGCUCUAUGAAACUUUACAAAUGUAGAGAGAUAUCUCCACCACAGGAGUUCCAGGCUAGCUAAUGUCAGUUCUGUGCAUAUUGAAUGUCUGUUGCCAGUACGCACAGUAUGCAUGUGUCGUCCUCUCAGGGACCAGAAUUGUAAAGGUUACUCUGACCCAAAAAAUAUUUUAUUUCCAUUAAAGGGUUCAUUCAACCAAAAACAAUGGUUUAAGUUAUGGUAGUAAGAGUGUCCCUUUUUAAAUCUGAUUUAUGUUUGGAAUCCACUGGGUUUGCAGCAUCUGCUAAAACAAAGUAUCCUUCUCCAGUUUAAUUUCUAAGCCAGUGUACAUUUUAGUGAGUCCGUUAUGCACUCCGUCAAUAAACCUCUUCCCAGUCACUUCAAUAAAAUUACAAUUUAGGCAAAUUAAUAUAUAUAUUAUCCAUUUUUCUAAACUUGCACAUAUUUGUAUUGUUGCCCUUAUAAUAUUGUCUUUAAAUCCUUGACUUGUCUUCUGAAGAUAAUUAUGACCAGUUUGUGUAAGGCCAACAAUGUGAUUAUUCUAAAGUAGACAUUAUUUGCCACAAGAUGUCACAGGUGACCUUUCUUUGACUGUUUCUGCUUAACCAGGAUGUUAUCGACUCGAUGAUGGGAAAAGCACCUGCAUUGUUUGCAAAAAUGAAACUAGCAUGAACACACAAAUUGCACACAAUAUGUCUGAAUGCUUAAAUAGUAAGUAUCUUUUUAUUUUUAACAUUGUGAUUGUUUGUUUAAAGAUUGCUUCGCUAGUUGAAGUGAAAUAUAUUCUCUGUCUUGGCUUUCAAUAUACUGUGAUCUUAGAUUUUAGAAAAUAAGUAGGUUCAUCAUAAAGUAUGUAAUAAAAUAGUGAAUAGUCUAUUUUGUCAGUGAGACACUGACCUUUUGAUAGUAAAGUUGAUGUGCCUACCUAAUUAAACUUCAAAUAUCCUUUUUUUUUUUUUUUUUUUUGUACCUUUCAAGGUUUAAGUGUUUCAAGUCUAUUUUCUGUAAGGUCAUCAUAUUUCGUUUCAAGCAUUAAUCAUGCAUGACAGGUUUAUGGAUUUUCAUUAUUUUAAUUUUCUUUUUUAGACUUUGCUGUAUUUUGCUUCAUUAUGUUUUGCUGUAGGGAUGAAUAUGUUGUCCUUAAUGCUAAAUAAUGUUGAAGGCUGAGGGACACUUUGUGACUAUUAGUCCCUGUUAAAAUUAAUUGCCAUCCAUGAAAGAUGGUUUUAUGAUGUAAACAUUUACUGGAGAAUUUGCGAGCAGAAUGCAGACAUGAUUUCUAUGCGCUAUCAUUGGUUGCUAACCCACUCCACUGCAUCUUAUCUGAUUGCAGAAGCAAACACACUGCAAUUGCCUCUGAUUAUUGUAGCCCAAUAGUUGGUUAAUGCAUAGGUAAAAAAAAACAUUAUUUUUGUCAAGAAUAUAAGGGGAAUGAGCACCUACAGCAGUGGUGCCCAAAAGGUAGAUCCCUAAUACUACAGCUUCCAUGAUGCUCUGUCAUUCUAAAGGCAUGCAAAGGCAUCAUGGGAGUUGUAGUUCUACAACAUCUGGGGAUCUGUCUUUUGGGCACCCCUGACCUAGAUACUUAUCUGCACCAGCCACAAAUGUUAGGGGGGCAUCCCAUAUAUCUAUGCAUGCAUUCACAAACUAAGGAUUGUGACACUUGUCAUUUGAAGACAAAUAAUGGCUGCACCAGUUGCUCUCCAGGACAUUGCUGGAUGAGUUGGUAUAUUUAUGAUCAGUUAAAUUUCCUGACAAUUUUGCCAGCCCACUGAAUAGUUUAAAUUUACAUUUAACGAAGAAGAAUGUGUUACUCCGUAAGUAUGUGGAGUUUGUAGUUUGACUCCCUUAUAUGGUUUUAUCAGAACUUGACCAUGGGUCUUGUACUUUUGUUUGUUUUUUUUCUUUGUACAAAGUAGAUAACUAACUAGGUUAACUAUAAGUUAGAUUGUUUUUUUUUUCUUAAAUGGAAAUGGUGAAGGACCAUACCAUGCAAAUGAAUAUAACCCACAAAGCAUGUUUAUCUGCUGUUCCAAUGCUUUGCUCAGUAUGUGCUUCAGUAGCAUUUUCUUUGGGAGGAGAAUGAGUAACUUAAAUUUUUUUCAGGUGAUAUUUAUGAAAAAUUUUUAGGUUCUUGCAUAUUGCAAGAACCUAAAUCAUUACCUCUACAUUUAAACCAGAUACACACGUAAGAAAACUCCUAUAUCUUAUAAUGUGAUGGAAGGGGGUAUAUUUGGCAAAGUAGGAGAUCAUUUAUAGACUUAAAUUGACAUUAUAGGCACCCAGAUGACUUAAGCUCAUUGAAAUGAUCUGAGUGCACUGUCCCUGUUAACUUAACCCUGCAAUCUCCUGAUUGCACUGGGUGCAGGGACUGUGGAAGAGGCAAAGAUGAAGCCAGCGCUGGAAUAAGGUGAGUGUAAAAAGGUGGGGUUUUUUUGUUUUGUUUUUUAAACCCCUUAUUUGCCGGUGGGAGGGGGUGGGCAGAGGGACACUUUAGUGCUAGGAAUACAGCUUUGUAUUCCUUUAAUCUGGUAAUGAAGCGUGUAGCCAUAUUGUUGUGCUGGUGAUGUAACAUAAAGCUGGCCCAUCUCCCUGGAACCAGACUCUCCUUAAGUGCAAUCAAUCUUUAACUUGCACAGAAAUCUGCAAAACACUAUCCGCUUCUGCCUGUUAUAGAAAAUGUAAAGAAUUAGUUUACCACAACUACCUGCCCACGCUAAAAUAUUCUCAUAUUGUGAAGCCGGUGAUGAUUCUUAGUAAAUUGUUUUUAAAAACUGCAGAGUAGUUAAUAAACUGUCUUGCUUAAUUUUUGUUGUUCGAAUGCGUGCAGUGAGUCACCUCUGCGUUGUUCUGGCAUUCAGCUUGCACAUAGGAAAGCUGUAUUUUUGGGCAUGUGUCAAGAAGUAUUAACAGACUAGUGUAUGACAUGGCAUCUUAAGCUACCUCUUAAUCCACACACAUCAUAAUUGACAAAAUCUUCUUUGGACACAUAUUAGAAAAAACCCGAAACCAAGCUACACCGCAUCGAGACAUAAUUGACACUGUAUUUGAGAUUUGGCAUUUAUGUGCAUAAAAUAUCAAACUGCUUGCACUAUUGACCUGAGAAGUGGUUUGUUAUCUCAUAGCUUUCAGAUUUCCUAGAAACUUUAAAAAGUCCAAUUAUUAUUUUGGAUGUCUUCUGACAUUUAAAAGCAGUCUAUGGGUUUUAAUAAGAUUAAUAUUUAGGAGACAUGCCCCCACUCACUAGCCAUGGGGCUAGUUAUAAAAAAGCUUUUAUGCCUCUGCCUUUCCCCCAAUUCAUGUUGCAAGGGCAUUUUUGCUAAAUAGCAAGUAGCCCUUAUUGCAGCUUUGUCACUAGUAAGUUAUUAAUUACAUCCCCCCAUCCUCGCUGUGGCCCAAAGGUGGGGUUAAUUUUUGUUUUAAAAAAAACAGUAUAAUAAAGCAAGGGGGAGGGGCACUAUGUCUUACAGUGGGGCUCCCUAUAUGUUUUCUGGGUUGCACAUGUCUCCCUUGUGCCCCAGCUGCAGGCAUCGGGUGGUGUCUCUAAUAAUGAUACAAGGAGGGAGACCUAAAGUUCCCACACUAUGAAAUCUCAGUCAAAGCGCUUGUAAGCUUAUCAAUCAUUAGCUCUGCUUUAUAAGGGCUUUUUCCACAAUACGAGCUCAGUGUGCUGAGGCCCCAACAUGGGGCAAAAUUGGAUUAAUGUUAUUGUUUGUGGGUCUAGAAGAAAUAAGACUUGUUAUGGUAAGUAUUCUUUAUUUAUUUAUUUAUUACAGAAUUAUUCAAAUAUUUAGAGCCCGUGGCUGGGGGACAUUAAGUAAUGCUUAAUUAUUUGAGUCAGAUAUGCCAAUGGAUGGUGGCUAUGGGGCACUAGUCCUCUCUCCCCCAUCCCUGUAUGAUUUUUCACAACCUCCUUUAGAAAGAAGACAAGGGUGGAACAUUAGCAUCUUUUAUUUUGAAUUGCUAGCCCUGACCCACUGGCCAGAGGUGGAAGCAGGGGGUUGGACAGCCCAAGGGAUUCAUAACACUAUACCCACUUCAGUGAACUGAAACACUUACAGUGACUACAGUGUCCCUUUAAAAACAUAUUAUUAGGCAGUUUGAGGAAAACAUUUAACUCAUUUGAAUCUGGUUCCUCUUGUAAUAACCAUGAAAAGCAUCAAUAGAGUUUUAUAGGAAGCUAUAACAGAUCAUUUGUUUUGGGUGUUUUUUUUGGUUGGGGAAGAAGGGGGUUAUAAAAAAAAAAUAUCCAUACGUAGUGAAACCUGUCUUCUUUGUUGCUUAAACCAUGUAGACGGCCUGUUCCUUUCAUGUAACUUAUGUAAAACCAGUGACACAUAUUCACACCUUUUUAACCUUGUAACAGUUCUAAUAUAAUUAAGAAAGCCUACAUGCGACCGAGCCAGGGAACCACGAUAGUUAACUAAAAAAAAGCCUGUUUUGUAAUACCUGACAUUAGAUCAUUUAGGUGUAGAAUAGGGCUUGUCAAAGGGGGACUGGGAAUACAAAGAAGCCCUGGAAAAAGCAGCCCCAUAAUUUGGGUCAAAUAGUGUGUGUGUGUGUGUGUGUGUGUGUGUGUGUGCUUGUAUGUAUGUAUGUAUGUAUGUCUAAUUAUUAUUAUUUAUUUUGACCAGUUCUCUUUAAUGUACAAAAAUUCCCAAGGCACUAAUAUAUGAUUUAUCAUAGUGAUAGAUCAAUAUAGUUAUGUACUUUGGCAGCUGUUAUAUUAUUACUUACCUGCAGCUCCUCGCUCCAGACAAUCUAUGAGUGCUACACUGCUGUACCUACCCUCCUAUAUAAAGUUAUUGGUCCUGCUUAGGGACACUUCUCUGAGCAGGGCAAUCCUCCAUGCUCAUUUGGAAAAUAUAAUAAUAAUAAUAAAAAAUAUAUAUCACUCCAGGGACUAGAUAAUAUGGUGAAAAAAACUUUUUUUUUUCAGCAAGAUGCCACAGUUAUCAACGUGUCAGGAUCCUUUUUUUCACCAUAUUAUAGGAUCAUGACGAAAGUUCUGUACUGGAACUGAAACGUUGAUCACUGUGGCCUCUUGCUGAAUAAAAGCUAAGUUUUUUUCCCACCAUAUUAUCUAGUUCUUGGAGUGCUAUCUUUCUAUAGACUGUUAUAAUUUUUGCUGACAAGCACCGGGCACUUACUCUAUCUGCAGGAGUGCAAGUAUUGGAGAUAGAGAGAGAGAGAGAGAGAGAGAGAGAGAGAGAGAUAUUAUUCCCCGUGAAUUAAUCACACAAACUCACUGACAUACACAGAAAUGCUCACUAGCACACACACAAAUGUACUGCAGACAAACUCUCUAACACAGACAAGUUGACUACAGACCAACUCACUGAAACAUACAGAAGCUCCCUGACACACACAUACACACGCACAAGCUCACUACAGACUAGCUCACGGAAACCCACAAGCUCUCUGCAGACAAGCUCACUGACUCACACAAGCUCACUAGACACAAGCUCACUACAUUUAUGCUCACUGAUACCCACACAAUCACUAUCAGUUAUUAGCAGCUAAACACACAUACAAGUACCUGUCAUUGGCAGUGGAGAUUCUCAGGGCAGCAUGAUGUUUCUUCAUCCAGUAUAUCUCUUCCUAUGUGAAAGGUCUGACUCUGGGUGGAGCUCCAGUGCGGGGGUGGGCUCCUGUGGCCAUGCUGAGCUGGGAGCAUGUGUGAGUGAAACUUGGUGAUUCCUCACUCCUCCUCUGCCAGUUAUUCUGCUGCUUGCAGCCUCAAAGCAGCCACUUAGUAAAGUCCACCAGCCCCUCUACACACAGUAAAAAUAAAGUUUAUAAAUGUUUUUUAUGUAGAAUGCUGCACUGUCCAGCCCCCACAUACCUCGGCCCACUUCGAAAUUUCCCAGUAUCCUGGUGGGCCAGUCCGGCCCUGGGGGCACUUGGGAAUUUUAUUUGCAGUAGUUUAGAAACACAUAAAUAUUCUUUCUCUGGAGGUGUGGAUAGUAAACCAAAACAUUUGAAAAAUUACUAGAGCAUCUAGACCAGGGGUAGGCAACUUUUUAGCAGCACUGUGCCGAUGUAGGAUUGUGAUGUCCCGCAGCGUGCCGAUCCUAUUUUUUUUAAAUUGAGGUGUGUAUGCUGCCGUAUUCUGCUUGUUAUUUUUACUGUAAUUGCUUUGUAUCGUUGUAGUUAUGCGUAUAUGAGCUAUUAUAUUGUAUAUGUUCAUUAGUAGUUUAUGGUAUCGUGUAUGAUACAUAUGUAUGGGGGCUGCUUGUGGAAUUGUGUGUGGAUGGAUAUGUCACAUUGUGUGUUUGGUAGUGUGUUUGGGCUGUUUGGGGUAUUGCAUGUGGGGUUGUGUGCAUGUAUGUGGAUUGUUAGUGGUGUUGCGUUUGUGGGGAUUGUGUGUAUGUUUGUGUGUGGACUGUUUGUAUUAUUUGUAUGAGGGGAGGCUUAUUCUGUAGGUCUGUGUAUAUCUAGCAGUGUGGGUGGCUUCCCUGGGUUCCAGUGGGGACCAGGCUGGCCAGGUACAGGUCAAGUACAGGAGCUGCAACAGCAACUGCAGGCUGCUUUACUACAGUGUGGAUUCCCAUUCACAAAUCUGAAAUCACUUACUCUAUGUUCUGCAAUGCAUAAAUUGAGGAUUGUCCUUUACCACCUUUUCGUAUUAGCAGAUAUCUGAAGUUUCACUGAGACUCCUGAUAGGCCAGAGCCUGUUUGGCUCUAGCAGCCUUGAGUGCCGUGGAAAGACACCUCGAGUUCUGUGCAUGGCACUAGUGCCGUAGGUUGCCUACCCCUGAUCUAGACUUAUCAAAAUAUGGGUUUGGUCUGAAAUCUGCCCUAUUUCAUCAGGUUUUGCACAUGCCCAGUGUCCUUUUAAAAAGGAAUUUCAGUAAUUUCUAUUAAGUUGCCAUUCAUACAGCAGAGCUAGCUGUCCAUGAGUGUAGGCAUUCUUAUUGACCUCUCUAUUAAGGGGCGAUCAUUGGUUUAUAGCACUAGGGGGCAGAGUUACAGUGCCCACAGGAGAGAGAAGCAAGAAGCCCACUUGGAAUGAACACAAAGCGAAGCAGCAGUUCCUGACCCCUGCCAAAUGUAAGUGUAUAAUCUUAUCUUUUUCUCAAGGCCAAUAGUCCUAGUGACUGCCUGAGGGCUAAUUAAGUUAGGGAAUCUAAUCAAAUCUAUACACUUCCCAAAACUGGGCAAUCCUCCAUGCUCAUGCUGACAUUAUAUACAUUAUUUACAUUAUCAAUAUUAAUUAUAUUUUCAGCUGCAAAGAUAAGGAGUCUUAUCAGUAUCCUGCUGCUUUAACUCUGUGUGCUGAAAGCCAAUAGUGAAUCAGGAGUAGCUGAAAUGUUUGGAGUCUCAGUAUCUUGAUACUUUAAUCAUGUGCACACUGUGCUGAAGGCUAAUGGAGCAGCUGACUAGUUUCAUAAUGGCAGUAAUAUUCAACCAUUUCCCUGAUGUUGGGGAGUGCUAUGCCAUCCUACAAAAUUAAAGCUUUAAUGACAUUAGGGCCGUAUCGCACGCACAAACGAUCGAGCCCUCCCUCCCGGCUGGAAUAUGAUAACCCACGGCGUCCCACUGGUGCCAAUCUAAACAAUCAGUCAUGUGACCUUGACAACGUGGUUUCAUGAGUGAUAAGCUGGAUAGCAAGAUUGGCUUGCUGGGUUGUAACUAACUAAUAAAAAUUAAUAUUAUUAUAAAUACAUUUAGUGUGUGUGUGUGUGUGUGUGUGUGUGUAUGUCCGUGUCAAAAUAUAUAAUGAUAUUAUUUUCUUAUUGGGGACCUGCCUGACAACACAGGCAGAAAAGAAAUACCAGAGAAUUGAAAUUUGCUAUAUUUGACCCUGUAACUUCCAAACCUCAUGAAACCUAUGCAUGGGACGGGUACUGUUGAACUCGUUUGACAUCGCUAAACACAAAUAGAGAUGUGUCUGUCAACUACUCCAAAUAUGAGUGUUUUAGAGCAGUGAAAGCUAUAAUGACCAUCAGGGCCGUCUUUAAUAACGAAUGGACCCUGGGCAAGUGUUUGCUUGGGCCCCCUGUGCCCUGCCGCUCUCUCCCCUCACUCCCUGGUAUGCAAUCACGGCAUCCAUCCCAACGCAGUGGCGGUACUAAAGUAGAAUGAAUUUUAUUGGGACCCCCAAUUGCAAGGUUGGACUAAAGGUAGAACCCCAUCUGUCGUGCAACUCCAACAAUGCUUUGACAGCUGGGACUCUACCAAUUUCCCAUGCUUGCAGGGUUGUAUUUAGCACUGAGCCAUGUUUGUAUGUUUGAAUGUAAGCAUGUGUUUGUAUGGAGUAUGUUUGUGUGAAUGUGUUUGUAUGUGGUACUGGAGUUUGAAUGCAAGUGUGCAUUUAUGUGUAGUGUUUGUUUUUGAAUGUAGGAGUGUGCUUGUAUGUAGUGUUGAUGUUUCAAUGCAGGAGUGUGUUUUAUAUGUAGUGUUGAAGUUUGAAUGGAGGGUGUAUUUGUAUUUAAAGUUGCGGCUCAGAUGCACAGGUACACACUCUGACGCACAAGCAGAUACACAGAUACAUACACUGACUACAUACAGAUAAACAGGCACAUACACUGACAGACACACUGACACAGGUACAUAUAUUGACACACACACAGACACAUACACUGGUAGACGUACUGACAGACAUACUGACACAGGCACAUAUACAGACAUACUGACACACAGACACAUAUACCGACAUACUGACACACACACACAGACACAUACACUGAUCAACAUACUGACACACAUACACUGACAGAAAUACUACUGACACCCACAUACACUGAAAAAUACUGACACACACAGACUGAUAUACUGACACACACACAGACAUACUGACACACAGACAUACUGGCACACAGACAGAUAUACUGACACAUGCAUACACAUGCACUAACAGACAUACUGACGCACUGACAGACAUACUGACACAUACACAUACUGAUACACACAUAUAUACUGACACACAGACAGACAUACUGACACACACACACACACCGACAUACUGACACCCACACACACACUAACACAAACACAUACAUAACACACAAUACACCACACCAUACAUACACUAACACACACAUACACAACACACACACUAACACACACAUACACACACACACAAACAAACACACACACAAACACAUACACUAACACACAAACACACACAUACACAAACACACACACUAACACACACAUACACUAACACACACACAUACACUAACACACAAACACAUACACUAACACACACAUACACACAAACACACAUUUUUUUUUAAAUGUAAUCCCCCCAGCCUCCUUACCUUUUGGAGUGCUGGGGGGAUUCCCUGGGGUCCAGUGGUGCUGCUGGGCUCCUGGGCGGGUGGCCGGUCGGGCAGGAAGGCGGGCGCGCGAGGGAGCACUCACUGCUUCCUCUUCAGCUCCCUCGCGCGCCGCGUAGGGAUGCCAGCGCCGGAAGAUGACUUCAUCUUCCGGCUCCGGUAUCAGUGCGGUGCGCGAGGGAGCUGAAGAGGAAGCACUGAGUGCUCCCUCGCGCGCCCGCCUUCCUGCCCGACCGGCCACCCGCCCAGGAGCCCAGCAGCAGGGCCAGCCUCGGGGGGGACCUGAGGUGGCCGCCUCCUGGGCCCCCCAGGGGAAGACGCUGGCCCUGUGGGUGCAUACCAGGGUCGCAGCCGCAACCCUGGUAUGUACGCCACUGCCCUAAGUGCAUGGGCCACCCGGUGGGACUCAGAGGAUGGGGAAAAAAAAUACAUUGAUGAGGGCAGCGGGGCCCACGGGGCAGGUGCCUCGGGCCCCCCAAGAGAAACUGGGCCCGGGGCAGCCGCCCCGUUUGCCCCACGUUAAAGACGGCCCUGAUGACCAUUCUAUCAUCAGUGAAAGUGCAGUUUUCUGUGUACAAAAUGCAAAACACAAAUAUAAACCCUAACUUUGGCCAGGGUUUGUGAGUAAGGGGCUGCUUAAAAAGACUGGACAUACCCCACGGGCUGUCACUUCCUCCCAUCGCUGACAUCAUUAGAGGGGCCCAGUUGCACUAUUAAAGGGCCAGAAGACACAUUACUAUACUAAAGGUCAUGGGCCACCCGAUGGUCCCCCUCAGCACAAGCAGUAAUAGCUCUAUCGGAUUUAUAGAUAUCUUUAUGUUGUUCCCAAUCUAGGGUGGCACUAUCCAGGGGUUGGUAAAAAAAAAAUGACGCCCACAAAUGCCCUCUCAGAAGUCCCCAUUUUUUUGUUGUUGUUGUUUUUUUUUCUCCUGUUAUAGGCAGGGUCCAAGAGCUGACCUAAAGAGGAAGGGGUGGGUCUUGACCAGAAGGGGUGGGGUGAAUUUAGAUUAGGAGGUGCCCAUAUUUACUCAUGCCUUGGACAGCACAAAAACUAAAAUACACCACUGUUUGUGCCCUGCUUUAUUUAUUGUAUAAGCAUCUCCACAUUAUGCUUGGCUCUCUGUAUUAUGAGUAUCUCUGUAUAGUAUAAUGGUGUCAUAGAAGGAGCGGUCAAUAGGUUUGCAGAAGCUUGUUAGUGGGAAUACAAAUGCAUAAGGCAUUACUUUUAGGGAUGCCCUGAAAUUUCGUCUGCCCAAAUUUUGCCAAUAUUAUUGCAGAAUAAAUAUAAAUAUAACAGUCUUAUAGAAAGAUAGCGCUCCAGGGACUUUGUAAUAAAGUUGAAAAAACGUAGCUCUUAUUCAGGCAACUGCCACAGUGGAUCAACGUUUCAGUUCUGUAUCAGAACUUUCGUCUGGGUCCUGACGAAAGUUCUGAUACAGAACUGAAACGUUGAUCCACUGUAUCUUUCUAUAAGACUGUUAUAAUUUUGCUGAUAAGCACCGGGCUCUCUAUUUACUAUCACUGGAGUGCAAGCAUUUGGAUAAUAUGUGUGUGUAUGUAUUUUUAUUUUUGUAGUGCAUAGUUUAACAGACAUGCUUGCAUUAACAAUUCAGAUAAUUAUAAAUCACAAUGAAAGGUAGUAAUGAUAACAUGAAAAGUCAAGAGUACUGCACUUAGAACACGGGGGCUGGAAGAACACUAGAGGAGGGAGAGAGGAAUAUUAAGGGGGGGACCACUAAAAGAGAAGGGAAGUUUUUCAUAUUAGAGUAAUUAAAUUCAUUAAAAAGUCUAAUAUUAAUAAAAUUAUAGGAAAAAAACUUUUUAAAAAUCAUUUGGGGGAAAAAAGUCCGUUUCGGUUUUCGCCAAGGGCACAGAAUUUUCAUUUCGGUGUAUCGCUAAUUACUUUCAUUCCACAUUAUUGUUAAUAAAUAUCUUCUAGCUUAAACUCUCAGACUAUUAAAAUUUAUGCCAGUGGUUCCCAAACGUGUUAGGUUCAUGGCAAACUAAUUAUUUUCACAAGGCACCCCAAGUCAAAAAUUUUUUUAGGUUGUAUAUAUGUACUGUGCAGUGGAAUAUACUGGGCCUCAAUUUGGCAGAAAUGCUUGCCGUUUUUAAGCGCAGAUCCAUAACCUAAUCUUGGGAGGCGAACUGGUAAAUUAUUUAAAGAAACAAUCCAGGCACAAUAACCACUACAGCACUUUGUAGUGGUUAUAGUGCCGUAGUGCCCUCCCAGAGUAAGUAGUUAAACUGUUUAAGUACAGUUUGACUACUUACCUGGGAUCUGCUGGUAUACAGGAUGUAGAAGGGGAUAGGGACAGUAGUGUGUUUGUGUGUGUGUGUGUGUGUGUGUGUGGAGUGCAAUAUGUGUGAGUGGUUGAGUGUGUGUUGGGCAGGUUGUGUGAAGGGGGCAAUUGUGUGUGUGUGUGUGGCAAUUGUGUAUAUGGGGGGUAGUGUGUGUGUGUGUGUGUGUGUGAGGGGUGCAGGUUGUAUGUGGGGGGCAGGGUGUGUGGUGCGGGGUCUGGUGUGGGUGGGAAAAUGUUAUAAAUAUAUCAUUUUUAUUUAUUUUUUAAUUAAAAAUAAUACUUUUCAUAUCCCCCUACCUGCUUACCUUUGCCUGGGAGGGGGGGACCUUUCCUGCAAUCCCUGGUGCUCCGGUGGGCAAGCCCUGGUGGUCCCAGUGGUGAGAGUGAACUCUAGCAGCCUCAGUUCACUACCCUCCGAGCUCGCUAGAGGAAAACAUGGUGAAGCUACAGGUUAGAGCUCCCCCGGGUCCUCUCUCUCUCUCCCUCUCCCUCUCCCGCCGGCUGCGAGCAGUACACUGCGAGUGGGCUGGAGAGUGAGAUCUCUGAUCUCUCCUCCAGUCCUGCAGAGCAUGUCGGGGAGAAGGAGGCACGGUUCCUGGUGCACUGAUCAUAGGAUCAUAGCACUGAGAAAAUAUCUUGCGGCACCCCUGUGUGCCCGUCACACAGUUUGGGAACCGCUGACUUAUGCAUUUCAUUUAGCAUUAAAGAGGCAUUCUAAACGGCCACUUGGGUUAGGUUUCAAAAGUUUUGAUCCAUAUACCCAACCUUUCUGUCCCUCCCUCUCUAUAAUGUUCUGUACAACUUCCUUUGAACAAAAAGAGACAAGUGAAUACAUUUUGCUUCCAUUUAGCAGUCAUUAGUUAAACCUUUCAUUCUUACUUAAAAUGUGUCAACUCCCAGGAUUGAACUGUUUAUUUGUUUUUUUAUUUGUCAAUUUUCCCUUUUUCCAGCCAGCUCUCGGACUACAGACGUGCAUAUGAAUAUUAGCACAACCCAAUCUGUACCUCACAACUUAAGUAAGUGACCUAGUUUUGGUUUCUAGAACAUGCUGAACUUGGUUUUAAUUAUUGUUUUAACCUUAUAUUGUAUUACAUUUCAAUCAUUUUGGUAUAAAUUGUCAGCUUUAAAUAUGUACUUACUUGUAAUUGGGGACAGACAGAAUAUCGGUUCUGACGAUUAUUAGAGUCGAUGUUCAUUUUACUGAUAAUCGGUAUCGGCCCUGUAAUUUACCGCUAACUUACUCACCUUUCCCAGUCACCAAGCCCUGUCUUCUGUAUCCGGAAACGCUAGUCGCCCGCUAAAUAAGCACAACGUCGUGACCUUCCAUCAUCCCAUUCUGUGAGUCCCUGCAUGCAGAGCUCAGCUGAAGCCAAGGAGGGGAGACGGUGAAUAAUCUACUAUAAUGUACUAGGCUGGCUUACAGAGUGAUAGGAGUGUGAUUUCUGUCUGCAAUCAAACUCCUGUACAUGCAGGGAUCCCACUGAUCCCAGCAUGUACUCACUGAUUGCUAUCAGCAUGUUUAGUUAAAGCCAGAAUUGUGUAAAUACAAAACGGUAAAUGUACAGAAUAUCAGCACCAGUUAUCAGCAAUCAACCCGAAAGAAGACCGAUAUCAGCAUUGGCUCUGAAAAAUGAUAUUGGUGGACUCCUACUUAUCAUUAUAUAUAAAUACAUAAAUCAAGUAGUCUGGCUACGGGUUUUGAUACUUGAAAUUUGAGUUUGUAGGAAAAUAUAUUGACUUAAAGUGUAAUUUUUUUUUCACUUUGCAUAAUAAACAUCUUUACUUAAUUCUUCUUAUAUACUGUAUUACUGCUUUGCUAAUGUCUCGCAUAUUGGUAUUGUGUAAAUAAAGUCCUUUUUCGGGAGGUCCUUUUAGGAAACAAAAAUCCUCCUAACUUUAAAAAAUUGCCUUUUUUGUUUUAUUUGUGUAUUUUUUGUUUGGUUUUUUUUGGGGGGAGGGGGGGAGAUAAACUCUUCCUUCCCUUGUAGCAUUUGGUUAGCCCCUGUGUAAGGCAAUCCUUCCCUUGUAGCAUUUGGUUAGCCCCUGUGUAAGGCAAUCCUUCCCUUGUAGCAUUUGGUUAGCCCCUGUGUAAGGCAAUCCUUCACUUGUAGCAUUUGGUUAGCCCCUGUGUAAGGCAAUCCUUCCCUUGUAGCAUUUGGUUAGCCCCUGUGUAAGGCAAUCUUUCCCUUGUAGCAUUUGGUUAGCCCCUGUGUAAGGCAAUCCUUCCCUUGUAGCAUUUGGUUAGCCCCUGUGUAAGGCAAUCCUUCCCUUGUAGCAUUUGGUUAGCCCCUGUGUAAGGCAAUCCUUCCCUUGUAGCAUUUGGUUAGCCCCUGUGUAAGGCAAUCCUUCCCUUGUAGCAUUUGGUUAGCCCCUGUGUAAGGCAAUCCUUCCCUUGUAGCAUUUGGUUAGCCCCCGUUUAAGGCAAUCUUUCCCUUGUAGCAUUUGGUUAGCCCCUGUGUAAGGCAAUCCUUCCCUUGUAGCAUUUGGUUAGCCCCUGUGUAAGGCAAUCCUUCCCUUGUAGCAUUUGGUUAGCCCCCGUUUAAGGCAAUCUUUCCCUUGUAGCAUUUGGUUAGCCCCCGUUUAAGGCAAUCCUUCCCUUGUAGCAUUUGGUUAGCCCCUGUGUAAGAUAUUUUAUCUUUCACACUUGUGCAUUAGUGAGUUCUUAAGAAAAGUUCUGUGUACUUUUGAAAGCCGUUUAACUCUUAACUUCUUUUGCUAUUUUCAGGCAGCCCGGGGAUUGCCGCCUCUCUUCUGCUGGGCACACUCUUAAUCAGCCUAUUCUUAGUUCUGUCUGUAGCCUCAUUUUUUUACCUUAAGCGUUCACAGAAACUACCAGAAAUCUUCUAUAGACGAAAUAAAGGUCUGCACUUUAUUGUUGUAUGCUGCAGUAACAUUUAUUUGAUUUAUUAGAUGUCAUUAUAUAACAAAGCAUUUGGUUUACACAUUUCAUCUGUAUUGAUUGCAAUUUGACAUAAUCCCGGCAAACACAAUGCAAAUAACUAUUUUUGCACUCCUGUGUUAUUUCGUUUUUACAUGGCUCUGUAUCCCUCAGUCACUUGGGGUUUAUACACCAAGAUCUAUUUAAAAUGUAAAACUUAUGAAAAAAGUGCGAUUUGGCAAAACAACAACUCUAUGAAACCGCUAUAUUAACAGAUUGUGUACUUUGCCUAACCAGGCCUACCUAGUAUGUAUAUAUUACACACAAUUGGCCAUGCAUAAAAAAAUGUUUCUUCCCAACGCAGUGACAUCAUCCAAGCUGCAAAAAACAUUAGCUUAUAGAUUUUUUUUUUUUUUUUCUUCAAUCAGUUGCCAGCAUAUUCUCUUCGAUGUGCACUGUGUAACGCUCUUUAUUUAUAUGUAAUGUGCUUGUUCACAUUAAAAGAAAAACCUGCAUUAAAAUGAAUUCCCAACAGUCUAUAUCUCCCUUACACACCAUAUAUUUUUGGACAAGUCACUGCCAUGAAAUAGAUCUUUAUACCCCUGUAGCAAAAUGUUUUUUUUUUUGUUUUUUUGUUUUUUUUUAAUCCCCAGCUUCAUUUGUGGUAAUUUUUGGGGGAUUGCGUAGCUUCCUAUUUAUUAGUAUAGUGUAUUAUAUAUUGACUGAACCAUUACGAAUGGAAAUAACUGUUUUAUUUCUUUUCUCUCUCUCUCUCUCUCUCUCUCUCUCUCUGUCUCUGUCUCUGUCUCUGUCUCUGUCUCUGUCUCUGUCUCUGUCUCUGUCUCUGUCUCUGUCUCUGUCUCUGUCUCUCUCUCUCUCUCUCUCUCUCUUUGUCUCUCUCUCAGCAUCCAUUCUGCAGCCCAGUGAAAUGGUAAGCCAUUCUUUCUAAAUACAAUUCUCUGUCUGCUGCACAUGGUCUAAACACAUGAUUGAAAAAAAACCUUUGGACUGUCGUUGUCAUAAUCUAAAAUGUAACUGUCUUAUUUUUAAAGUUUGUUUUCAAUGUGUAUAGUUAGUCCAUUUCUUUGCUAUCCAUUUAUAUUCAAUUUUUUAAUGAUAUAUUUAACAAAUUCCCACCUACACCUACAGACCAUUCUCAAGUUACAAAGAUACUCAUUUUAUACCAUACCCCUUUUUAUUUUAUAAUAUUCUAUCAUGCUGCUUCUUCCUGGUAUAAUUUGCUAGUGCUAACCCAUAGGCUUGGGCAAGAGGGGACCCGCUCAAAGCGCAUUGUCUUUAGGGACCAUGCAGUUGUUGUCGUUCAGGUUUUUUCAUUUUUUUUUUUAAUUUUUUUAAAAAACUUCAUGAAUGGAAAUUUUCAUAAUUUUCAUGUGUGAUCCGUGACUGCAGUGCAAGGUGCACAUGCUUCUCUUGCUUGUCCUGCUGCCCUGAGACCUUGAUAAUGAUGCAAUGAAUUACAAGAAUGUUCUAGGUGUCCAGCAGCAGUGAGAGGUGGAGAAACACACCUUGUGCCGCAGCCUCUGGACCAGGUAACAAGGUCAUCCUCCCAGGGAAAAUAUAAUUAAUGAAGGAAGCAAGAAGCAUGUUAAGGUGGCCCGUAGUCAAAGACUGACCAUUACUGCUUUUAAUCAUGCAAAAACAGUUCAUGGUUUCUCUCCAUGUGAGACCUACCUUGCAUCAAUCCCUUUCCCCAAAAAUUAUUGUUUUAUAUUUACACACCCACAUCCUGUUAUUUUUUUGUGUUUAUGAUGAUGCCAUAGGACAGGGCUCAAAAUUUUCACUAUCCUUUUGGGAAGGGAAAUUUAGGCCUGGCACAUAGAAAUGCACCCUUGGUGACCAUACUAUGAAUUUCCGUGACAAGUUACUUUUAAGGUCUGACUAGUAGCAUAGGACUUCAAAUUCUAAGCCCUGCCAUAGGAGCUAAGUUUUGUGUCCACUUUAUUUUUACAGCACUUUAAAACUUUUUUGUUAAUGAUAAAAUAUUUCUGAGGUGGAAUAAUGUGAAAACCUUUCAAAUGGAAUAGUUUAAAGGCUUAGCUGUGUAAUAAAACUAUUUUAUUUUUGUUUUUAUAGGCAGCUAUGAUUCCAGAACAUAAACCAUCAGGUAACGUGAAAUUUCAUAUGAUAAAUUGAAAGUAUUGUUCUUACUGGUCAUUCACAUGCAGUGUAACAUUGUGUGCGUGUGUGUGUGUGUCACAGUCUUCCAGUUCUGUGCCAUUUUGUUUCCUACUUAACUUAAAGGGAAACUAUACUGCCAGGAAAACAAAGUAGUUUUCCUGGCAUUAUAGCUCCCUAUAGUGCCCUCCCCCCCACACACUUUCCUAUGUGGUUUUAGGUGAUGCUGGAUGUCCUCAUUCAUAGUGUGAGAGCGUCCAGCGUCAAGCAAACAAAAGUCGCCUAACAUCCCGGGAGUCUCUCUAGUGGCUAUGUGGCAGACAGCUACUAGAGGUAGAGUUAACCCUGGCAGGUGAUUAUUGCAGUUUAUUAAAUUGUGCAAUAAUUACCAUUGCAGGGUUAAACAGACAAUGGCUGAAGUGGUAUUGGUGGAUAUAGUGUCCUUUUAAAGCAUACAGUUUUAUAUUCCUCUGCCUCCUUCUUCCCCCCUGCCAGCUAAUAGAUUGUUAAAAAAACAUUUUACACUUCCCUUAUUUUAGCCCUUAAGUCCUUGGUGCUGGCUUCACCUCCUCAGAUGAUGACAUCAGCACCAAGGGGAACCAAAUGUGCGGCAAGUGCCACGCUCAUUAGAGUUUUCCAAUGGAAAAGCAUUGAUUUAAUGUUUUCAUGUGGGGGACUUGAAGACCCUGGACGUCCUCAUGCAAAGUCAAACUCUAUGAAAAAGCAGGAAGCACCUCUAGUGGCAUAAAAUGACAUAAAACUGAAAAGUGAGACUGCAGGGGGAUGAUCUAUACAUCUAACUGCUUUAUUGAGCUAAAGUUGUCUUAGUACUUAGAGUAUUGCUUUAAGACAUGACUUAAAGGACCACUAUAGGCACCCAGACCACUUCAGCUUAAUGAAGUAGUCUGGGUGCCUGGUCCAGCUAGGGUUAACCCUUUUUUUUAUAAAUAGGUUAAUCCAGGCUCUAAAGCCUCUAGUGGCUGUCUCAUUGACAGCCUCUAAAGGCGUUUUGCGUGCUUUAUUAUGAAUGCUUUCCUAUGAGACCGGCUGGCUGAAUUCGCGCGCAACUCCUGCCGUGCAUUCAGCCGAAGAGGAGGAGGAGGAGAGCUCCCCGCCCGGCAUGGAGAAAGAGGUAAGUUUAACCCCUUCCUCUCCCCAGAGCCUGGCGGGAGGGGGUCCCUGAGGGUGGGGGCACCCUCAGGGCAUUAUAGUGCCAGGAAAAUGAGUGUGUUUUCCUGGCACUAUAGUGGUCCUUUAAACACUCUUGCCUUUACAAUACUUUGACAAUUGAGAGUAAACAUUCUUUCAAAAAGGGUAUUUUGGAAGUCUAUACUUUCUUAGACACUUUACAGGAUCUCUUGAAAAUUGGAAAAUCUGCUUUUAUGUUUGCUUAUUUCAGUUCGGAAGCCAAGAUAUGUCCGACGAGAGAGAAGAUCAACAACCUCAGCCCCGGUACUGCUGAAUCCAUCUGUAGAUACUAAUGUGAGCAAUGUUUAGACUUCUGCAUUCCCGCUAGAACUGAAAGAUUAUGACGAAGAAAUGGAAGAUGAUGACGUCAAGCUUGUGCUCAAUGAGAAUAUGCAUACAUUGCCACCAAACAUGCAAAACAUUUAAUUAUGUAUAUCCUACAUAAUGAAGCACUGACGAUAGACCGCUCCUUACUCCAAGUAUUGCUUAAUGGAACCUCUUUUGAAGGUUGAAUGAGGUUAAAAUGAUUAUGCACUGUAGCUUCAAUUUUAGGUAAUAAUCUUAAAAAGGAUUAAGAAGAAUACACCUCGGAGUAAAAAGACUAUGCUAGUGUUGGAGACCUGGUGAAAAUAAACCUGCACUUUUAAAUUAAUUAAUAUGUAAAACACCAGAUUUCAAGUACCUUUUGU